UAACAUACUAAAAGUAGACUAUUAUUACGGUAUUGGAAUAUGACUGUUGCUUUUUUCAACAACUUGGUUACAGAUUGUAGAAUUACAUAUAAAUAAUAAAAUAUCAUUUAAGUGAGUGACACGUUGUUCCAGUUUGAAUCAGUUAGAAGGAAUUUAUUGUUCAGGAACCAAGGACCAUGUAGUAUUUAUUAAUAACGAAUUAUUUACGUCUUUGACAUCUUCCUUCCAUUGAAUUAUAAACACACGAAUUUUAAUUUUUAUCUAAAAAUGAUGUUGGAAUUUCACAUAAAACAGAUUUGAGCAUUACUAAGCUACUCAACUGGUAUAUUAUUCUUUCUAGGCUCAGAUAAUUUAUACUGCCGUUACUAUGUUAAAAAAUAAAAGUUCUUCAAGGCGAACUAAAAAUUCCAUUCCAGUUUCUACACAUGGAGAAACAAAUAUUCCAAGUCAAAAAUCUGACUUUUCUAGUUUUGAAAAUCACUCAAUACCUAAUCCAAAAUAUAUGGACAAUAAUAAUUUAGAUUCUGACAGUUUAACAUUAUGGCAUCAUCCUAUUACGACCAUCAAUUAUUUUUUAAGAGAGUUAAUGAUUGACUGUGGAAGUUUAUGCAAGAAAAUUUUAAGACAUUAUAAAAUAGUUUUAAGUUUUGCAUUAAUUUUGUUGACGUGUCUAUUACUCAGUAGGAUUUCUGGACCUCAGCAACAGACAUUUAGGGAUUUAGAAAAUAUAAUCAGAAGAUGGAUGUAUUGGGUCGGAUUGGGUGUUCUAUCAAGUGUGGGUUUAGGGACCGGCUUGCAUACAUUUGUAUUAUAUCUUGGACCACACAUUGCUGCCGUGACGAUGGCCGCUUAUGAAUGUGGAGGGCUUAAUUUUCCAGAACCACCCUAUCCAGAUAAAAUUAUUUGUCCAUCUGUAAUAGAUACAAUGACUUCUGUGGGAAUUUUAAGUAUUAUGAAAAAAGUUCGCGUAGAAGCAAUGUUAUGGGGUGCUGGAACUGCUUUAGGAGAAUUACCACCUUAUUUUAUGGCAAAAGCCGCUCGUAAGAGUCGCUUCACUAGUAAAAAUCAAGACUGUGAUCAAGAAGAUCUGAAAGAAUUAGAAGUUUUAGAGACUCUUGAAAAUGGAGGAAAUGUGUCGUUUGUAUUACGUACUAAAUUAGCUAUGAAAAAUUUUGUCCACAAAGCAGGAUUUUGGGGUAUAUUAGCGUGUGCAUCUAUCCCGAAUCCAUUAUUUGAUCUUGCUGGACUCACUUGUGGUCAUUAUCUUAUUCCAUUUUGGACAUUUUUUGGUGCAACACUUAUUGGUAAAGCAGUUAUAAAAAUGCAUAUACAACAAUUAGCUGUAAUUAUAGCGUUCAAUGAAGAACUCGUUGAUAAGGUAAUCAAUUUACUUGCUGCUGUGCCUUUUAUUGGGGAGAAUUUUCAAGAACCAUUUAGAAAAUAUCUUGCAGAGCAAAAACGAAAUUUACACAAUAAAGCAUCAUCGGAAGGAUCAACAGUUAUAUCAUGGUUGUUUGACAAGUUCGUUAUUUUAAUGAUUAUUUACUUUUGUAUAACGAUUGUUCAUGCAUUAGCGAGAAAUCACAAUAGAAGACGAAUGAAAGCAAGAGAUUGAAAGUGCAAAAAAAAAAAAUAUUGUAAAAUAAGAAAAUGAAUUUCCAAGGACAGAAAUAAAAUUUUUAACUUA